GUUCAAUUUCGUCGUAGCGCCUUCUAGGGCGCUUCUUGACGGCAUUGCCAGGAAGAGAUACGAAGGAAUACUGCUUAUUGUUUGAGCUAGAGCCAGAAGGGCCGCCACCUGGAAGGGGAUUUGAGGACGUGGAUGUGCCAGUGCCUGGUGGGGAGGGACCGUAUGGAUCAUCCAGGAUGGAGUAAGGCAUAGACGGGAUGCCCAUACCAGGAGAGCCGGCACCACCCGAGAAAGUGGGAUUGAGGGGAGAGAUAGGAUCGUCGAGAGGCAAGUGGCCAAAGGAAUGGAGGUCUUCCUCCUCCUUCCAGAGAGGAUGGCUGUCGCGGAUGGAAGACGAGCUGAGACCUCUUUGGAGGGGAGUGUAGGAGGAGUAGGAACGGGGAGAGGGAUAGUGGGGAUGAUGAUGAUAGCGAGCAGGGUGGAGGUCAGCUGACGGAGUAGAAUAACCACCUGGAGUGCUGCCAAAGAUGGCUGGCUCGGACAUCCGGCGUUGGUCGAGAAGAGGAUGUUGAUUAUGGGGGUAUUUAUCGGAUCCACGCAGAUAGCGAUCUGUAACGUUUAUUGUAGUAGAAUAACGAUCCAUUUCGGGGGGCAAGGGAGAAGCCGAACCGGGGAAAUGAUCCUGGAAGUGUGGCGCGCUAAAUGGCUGAGGAAAUGAAGAGGAUGGAUGAGGGUCUGUCGGGGAUGGAGAAUCAGACACAUAGCGUGCAGAAGAGACUGGGGCAUCUCGGGAGGGAGUGGUGGCGGGAGAGGGCUGGGAGUGGGGAAUAAGGGAGUAGUUUGCGAGACGGGAGGACUGGUCAGGGAAGGGAUCGUCUGGGGUGGAUGCAUUGGAGUCGUAGACGGCGGUGUGCUGUUGACGGGGAGCAUAGGUGUAAUGAGAGCCCUGGAGUGGGCUGUAUUGAGUAUCCUUGUCCAGGGUGGUGGAGUGGGGGGCAGCUAAGUUGGAGAGGUCGUCGAAGAAGAGCGGAUGGGGGAUGCGUGGACGAGAUAUGGC